CCCGACCCGUUUAACAGCUUUGCUGGAGUCGUGCCUUCUCUUCGAAGGAAAAUCCUUCGACACGCCAAAAUUGGCAAAGUAGUUCAAUAAUUUACGUAUAUUCAAACGCCUUUGCGCCUCUGUAAAUUCUCCCGUCGUUUCUUCUUUCUCUCUCCGCAUCACCGACAGAGAAGAAGAAGAGGAAGGAUAUACCGAUACAGCAAUUAUUAGGGAUUUGUAUAUUAUUUUCAGGUAAAAUAUACAUUCACAACUAUUGUUUUCUACAGCUCAGACGAUAUUCAGCCAUUACUCUUUCUCCGGAAUUUGCUUCUCAAACAUGUCUUACGCCUAUCUCUUCAAGUAUAUCAUCAUCGGCGAUACCGGAGUUGGAAAAUCAUGUCUUCUGUUGCAAUUUACUGACAAACGAUUUCAACCAGUUCAUGAUUUGACCAUCGGUGUUGAAUUUGGGGCUAGAAUGAUCACAAUAGACAACAAGCCCAUUAAACUACAAAUCUGGGAUACAGCUGGUCAAGAAUCAUUCAGAUCUAUCACGAGGUCAUACUACAGAGGUGCUGCUGGGGCACUACUUGUUUAUGAUAUUACAAGGAGGGAAACAUUUAAUCACCUAGCUAGUUGGCUAGAAGAUGCAAGGCAGCAUGCAAAUGCAAACAUGACCAUAAUGCUGAUUGGAAACAAGUGUGAUCUGGCUCACAGAAGGGCUGUAAGCACCGAGGAAGGCGAACAAUUUGCCAAGGAAAAUGGGUUGAUAUUUAUGGAGGCCUCUGCCAAAACAGCUCAGAAUGUUGAAGAGGCUUUUAUCAGAACAGCCUCAACAAUUUAUAAGAAAAUACAGGAUGGAGUGUUUGAUGUAUCGAAUGAGUCCUAUGGAAUAAAAGUUGGAUAUGGAGGCAUUCCGGGGCCUUCAGGUGGAAGAGACGGAGCUGCUUCACAAGGAGGGGGUUGUUGUACUUGAAAAUGGACAUUUAUUGUUCGCAGACCUAUCAUGUUCCUAUGGUUGUUUAUUUGUAGUUUGGUAUUCUUAAUAUCGAGUGCUCUUUAGUUUAUUCCUUUUAAUGAAAGGAUAAUAUAUGUGCAAAAAUAAGUAAAUUUGGUACAUAAAAGACAUUCUUCUUCUUUGUGCAUUUUCUGUUUAUUGAGUUGUCAAAUGUGAAUUUAUUUCAGAA